GGGCGGGGCUCGGAGCCCGGAACGAUCCCGGAAUUCUCGGAGCCGCCCUGGGAGCCCUGGGAGCGCUGGCGGCCGCCGUGGGAGCCAAAAAAACCCAACUCCUUCGUUCUCUGGUCCCUGAAAUCCUCCAGGCUCUCCAGGACCUCCUGAACAUGGAUGAGGAUCGCGGCGCCGACGCUCUGGAAGUCCUGGAUGAAUUCUUGGAAGCCAAUCCUGAAUCCCUGAUCCCGCACCUGAGGCCCAUGCUGGAGCUUUGCCUUCAGGUGGCCGGGGACGAGUGCAGGGGCGACGCCGUGCGGGUUCGGGCGCUGGCCACCGUGACCUUCCUCGCCCAGAAGAGACCCAGGGCUUUGCUGCGAGGGAACCUCCUCGCUCUGGUCCUCAGGGGGCUCCUGGUCCCUCUUUGCGCCGAAAUCCGCCCGGAAAAUCCCGAUCCCGAGGAAAUUUGGGAUGAGGACGAAGGAGGACAGGGGCCCUGCCCCCGCCACGCUGCCGCCCAGGCUUUGGACGCUCUGGCUCAGGGGCUGCCCCCCGAAAAGCUGCUGAAAGAAGUGUUGCCGUUGCUGGAGGGGCCGGGCCGGGGCGGUUCCGCCGGCGGCCGCAAGGGGGCGCUGUUGGCGCUGGCGGCGCUUGCGCGCGGCUGCGGCGCCACCCUGCGCCAGCGGUGA